AUGGACUCUGCCUCAAAACGACGAAGGAGGAGACGGGUUGCCGACAAGGAUCGCAAAAGAGCACCCCGAGCGGAGAGAUCGGCUUCUGUUCAAGAUACUGCGUCUAUUGACCUCAUUGAACCUAGCGUACCCAUUACAUCAAGCACUAGCCAACCCCAGCUAUUGCAAGAUAGUGUCAACCACAAUGAUCCACUUUCUCCGGCAUCAGUCUUGUCCCAAAGGCUCGCCGAACAUGUUGUUGCAGGUCAAUCUAAGAGGGCCCCGUGGCCAAACAUCCUCUCCCGCUUGAGGGAGGCCUUUUCGCUAGAUAGAGAUGCUGCUCCCGAACAAAGAGACAUGGUCGCCAUGCAGGCUCAUAUGACGCGUCCAAAGGUACCCCAUCCAUCUGAGAUGGCAUAUACAUUUUUUUACUUGGACCAGGACCAAAUGCUGUCCGAUAUCGACCAAUUUUACAUGGACACCAACUCGCCGUUGAGAUCUGAUUUGAGCUUUGUCUGUCUUGCAAUGGCAACAUUCGCACUAGGCAGCCAAUGGACGCCACUAGAAAGACCAGAAGGAUUCGCAGUCAGCCUACAUCGGGAUAAUGAUGAUUUGGGCCAAGUGUUCUACACUCAUGCCAAAACGCUUAUCCCCGCCCUGAUUGACCGACCCUGUCUCCGAUCCAUUCAAGCGCCUUUUCUAUUAGGUGUCUACCUAAUGCCAGCAAAUGCCAUUGGAUCAUCCUAUAUCUAUAUGGGCUUGGCUUUGCGCAAAGCCCUGGCAUUUGAUCUUCAUCUCAACCCGGAGGAUCAAGUAGUUGAUGAUCGGGAGAGAGAGGUCCGGUGUCGGUUAUGGUGGUCAAUCUAUUCCCUUGAGAGAUGUACUACCGUCAAACUAAGCAAACCUCGCUCUAUUGAUGCCAAUCUAAUCAAAGUGCCACAUCCAUCGCCUCUCCCGGCACUCGAUCGCCUGCAAAGAUACAACAAUAUUCAAUUCCAGAUGGCGUACAGUCGUCUUAUCAAGAUCCUUGAUCGAAUUGCCGAACCAUGCGCUCUCACCGAAGCGGAAGAGGGGUCAGAAUCCGAAGCCCUGGAGUCUGAGCUUCGACAAUGGAAGAAGUCUUUACCACCAGACUUCAGGCUUGACAACACGGACCCAAAAGACUCAAGAUACCGUACGAUCUUUCAUCUCUAUUUGAAUUACUACUAUGCGUGGAUAACAAUGGGCAAAGUCGCCCUCGUAACUGUCGCCCGAACGAGGCUUCGCUGCCAUAUGUUUCCUGCGUCGCGCCCUCCUGAUCCAAGCGACGCUGCUUUGAGGCAAUCUCGAUAUUGUGCCAAGGCCGGCAGAAAACUUCUCCUACUAUUCGAAGAUCUGACAAAAACCCGCAACAUCACUCGUUUCUCCUUCACCGACUUCCAGGGAUGCAGUAUUGCAACGAUCGUGACACUAGUGGCUGGGGUUACGGAACGCGAUUCAGGAUACAAUGCUCGAGUGAAGUUUGGUUUAGAUUGCCUUCGGAGAAUGGCAACUGGGAACAUGACAGCCAAAUUGGGCGUGAAAUUUGUGGAGGCUGUACAGUUGAUAACAAACGAGGCCGCGGAGAAGCUCCAUCGGGCGUCCUCUACGGCCAACGAAACGCAAGAUGUACAAGCUUCGGCCUCCGCAUCUGAUUACAAUCAAUGGGCUGAAUGGCUUGCUAGAUUGGAACAUCCUCGGGCAUUAGAUCAAAGAGCAAUCUAUGAGGUAGAGUCCGCUGUUCCGCUUUCACAUACUGUACUACACCCACAGUCAAACGAGAAUAUGUCCGAUUGGAGAACUGCUGGUGAACCGUACAUCUCGGAAAGCUCAAUCCCUCAAACCCUAGCACAUGGCUCAACUAUGCUGCGUGAGUUCCAGCCUAUCGAGUAUGACCUUCUGUCGGGACUCCAGAGUGAUGAUCCAACUUUUCUCAUGGGCUUGACUGGGAUCGACGUCCUCGACUUCUCUGGGUUUACAUAA